AAGCAGUUCCCGUCACGAUGUCGCCGCUGCCGUCGCUGCUGCUGGCCGGGCUGGUGUCAGCGGGAGCCGCUCGCGCCGGCUGUCCGACCAACGUCGACUGGCGCGAGUUCGAGGGCUCCUGCUACUGGCGCUCCACGUACCCCGCCACCUGGUCGGCGGCGGUCACCGCGUGUCCCACCGUGGGCGACGGCUCCCAGAUCGCCUCCAUCCACUCACUGGUCGAGAACUCGUUCGUCAUGGAGACCUACAACUACGGCGAGACGUGGAUCGGCCUGAACGACCUCGGUGCCGAGGGUCAGUUCGCCUGGUCGGACGGAGCGGAUCUGGACUUCACAAACUGGCAGCCCGGCCAGCCGGAUAACCUGGAUAACGAGGACUGUGUGUGGAUGCCGCACCCCAAGGACCCGAGCGGCGGGCGCUGGGACGACUACGACUGCGACAGCAGCCUAUUCUUCCUCUGUAAAAUGCCAGCCACUAGCUGA